AUGGCCAAUGAAAGACUCCAGGCUGUGCUUUCGCAGCUGAAGCCUGCUACUGGCGGGCAGAGCGCUGUUGACAAGUUAACUCAAAAGAACCCGGAUGAUAUUGUCAUUACCUUGGCCCUACGGACGCCUAUGGCCAAAGGAUUCAAGGGUGGCUUCAAGGACACGGAUCUCGACUAUCUGGUAUGCCAGCUGCUUAAAGAAGUCAUGGCACAAUCGAAGCUGGAUCCUAAUUUGAUUGACGAUGUCGUCUUGGGGAAUGCCAACAACGCCAAAGCCUCCACGAUCUGCCGCACCGCCGCCCUCGCCGUGGGCAUCCCCUACACCUCUGGUGCUGCCGCCAUCAGUCGCUUCUGCUCAUCGGGCCUCAUGUCGAUCCAAAGCGUCGCCUACGAGAUCGCACAGGGCGCCAUUGAAGUUGGUAUCGCCUUGGGCGCCGAGUCCAUGACCAAAGGGCCCGAUCGGACCCCCCAGCCUUUCCAUCCGGAAAUCAUGAAGCAUUCAGAUGCCGCAGACUGCAUGCAGCCCAUGGGCCAGACGAGCGAGAAUGUCGGAGACGAUUUUGGCAUUACCCGCGAGAUGCAGGAUCAAUAUGCUGUGGAGUCAUUCCGGAGGGCAGAGGUGGCGCAGAAGGCUGGCUGGUUUGAGGACGAGAUUGUGCCGAUUCGGACGACGGUGAAGGGUGGGAAAGAUGGGAAGGGGCCCCACACGGAGAUUGUUGUCACCAAGGAUGAGGGACCCAGAUAUGGGACGACGAUUGAAUCGUUGAGAAAAGUUCGGCCUGCGUUUCCGCAGUUUGGCAAUAAGACGACGGGUGGGAAUGCCAGUCAGAUUACAGAUGGAGCCGCUGCCGUAAUCCUCAUGAAGCGCUCCAAGGCCAUCGAACUCGGCCAACCCAUCCUCGCCAAAUUCGUCGGCGCCACCGUUGCCGGUGUGCCCCCUCGCAUCAUGGGCAUUGGCCCUGCCAUGGCCAUCCCCAAGCUGCUCUCGAUGUACAAUCUUCGAAAGGAGGACAUCGACAUCUUCGAGAUCAACGAGGCUUUUGCAUCCAUGGCAGUUUACUGCAUUGACAAGUUGGGAUUGGAUCAUGAGAAGGUGAACCCUCGUGGAGGGGCGAUUGCGCUGGGACAUCCAUUGGGGUGCACCGGGACGAGACAGGUAUGUACGAUUCUGAGUGAGGCGCGGAGGACGAAAAAGAAGGUACUUGUGACGAGCAUGUGUGUUGGAACGGGCCAGGGAAUGGCGGGGUUGUUUAUUAAUGAACAAUAA